AUGUUACGACCAUCCCUUGUCUCCACUCUCCGUCUCAAUGCCAUCACAACCACAAACAAACGCGCCUUCUCCCUCCUGAACCCCAAAUCGCGCUCUCACACAAACCGCGUCUUUGACCCUGUCCGCCAACCAAACGAUCUCCACACACUCACUCUCCUCAACGCUGCUGACAACCGCUCGCUUAUAACCUUAUGGACCGCAUCCUGGUGUCAAACGUGCCAAGCAAUUAAGCCGCUUAUAAAACAGCUUGUCGAAGAAGAGAAGAUUGGGGAGCGAGAAGGCGGGCUAGGCUUUGUGGAAGUGAUGAUGGACAGUACUUUGAUUGAAGACCUACCUAUCAAAUACCGCAUCAGCAGUAUGCCGACAUUGUUGGCGUUUUCGCGACAAGAGGCGCAGUUUGAUACCAGGUUGACGCGGCCUGAGGAGAUGCGUAAUAAGGACUUUUUGAGGGAGUGGCUGGUUAGGGAGGCACAGAGGGGAGGCAGGAUGGGUGGAGGUGGGGGGAGCAUGUUUGGUUAG